UGAAGGAAGAGUUUUGUUGUCGAAACGAAAAUUUCGUAUACUGGACUCAUUUGGUUAAAAUAUAGUUAAAAUAGAAUCAAUUAAAUGUUUGGUAAUAGCAACCAAAAAAUUUAAUUGCCGCUAUGUGCGUUUUGCAUUUCUCAAUAAUGCAUCCUACUUGACACAAAUGGAAAAUAUGAUAAUGCUAAUCAGAUCGUACGUACCGCGAAUACAUUAGUUCCAAAUAAAAAAAUAAUAAUGCUUUGAGUAUGUAUUACCAAGCAAUUUCUUAAAUGAAACCAUAUUGUUUAGUGAUGCUUAUCACAUUAUGUGAUAAAUGUACGAUACGACCAGGUACUUCGAUAACGUCGGACUAUUUGAUAAUUAUUAUUAAAUUAUUUUGUAAUAUUUUCCACAUCAUUUAAUUGGUCUCACUAAAUGAAGAGUCUACUUUACUAAUGCUGGUAUUUGACAUAAGUAAAAGCAUAGUAAUACCAACCAGAAAUCUAUGUAUGUAUCAGAUACUUUAGUUUCAAAUGUAAAAAUAAUCUUUUCAGUGCAUGAAAUCCUCUCUUCUUGGAAACUUGAGGAUUAUUGCGGUUUGAUGAAUUCAGGCUCUCGAUUCGUAUCCGUCACAAAGGCAACAGCGAACGCGAGAAAGAAAGAAAGAAAGAGGAAAGCAGCCGUGUAUCACGAAUCCCGCGCGCGCGUUAACGGUCUUCGUACGGCACUGUAUACGGCAAGCUCUUACCGUAUGUAGUACGUAGUUACAUAGAGGUAAUGGCCGGGCACGGUGCGCGGCACACGCAGACAGGAGCACGUUUCAACGUACACCUGUGCGAAGAAUACCGUAAAGAGGCGCGCACGAUUAACUCUUCAGUGUGUCGGACCGCGUCCAAGUGCUACGCGCGGCUCUUUGCCGCUCGAUGUGUUCCUUACGCAUUGUGGAAAAUUUGCAUGCACUUCAAGCGCGAUCCUCGAGUGAUAUUUUGAGCUCGUGCGUACGCAUCCCGCUUCUCCAAAAGCGGGAAGUAACACGCGCUGUUCUAUUUCAUUUGUUUUUUUUUUCUUGUAUUAUAACUUUUACACCGGCUGGGAAAGUGAAAGUUGGAAGCGCUCGAAGCUAACCGCGUUCUUCGCGAUUCUUCGGGAAAUCAUUGGGUUGAUAUAUGAGUUCGUGCGGAACUUUUCAACAAAAUUCAAAUGCAUUUUAUUCUUGUUAAAAACAAUUUUUUUUAACGAAGAAGAAACGCGUUCCAAGCGAUUUUCCACAUCUUCCAAAGAAGCGAAGCUUAUACCGUCAAGAGAGAUUCUAUAAUGAACGAAACAGAUGAUAAUCGGAGGGAGCAACGUCGGGUGAAUAUGAUUGAUACUAACGAUCUUGAGCACAUCGCCAGCCUAAUCAGUGAUUACCACGUUAAUGAGCCGAUAAGCGAUCCUCCGCCGUGGCGACACUAAUUUGAAGACGAGCAUUACAAAACAGUAAUUAAAAUCGAUUCACAACGAAGACAACUGCUGCAUUCUCAUGUGACCAUUCUGUAAAUACCAAUUUCCGUCAAUUCCAAAAAUUCACCAAAGGAAAGGCGAUUGAAUCUUUAUACGUGCAUUUACAUAGUUACACUACGCGUAAGUUUCCAAAUCGGUCGAAUCGAAGAGAACAGAAUUCCUUACCGAGUCGAAAAAUAACAGUCAGGGAGAGAGAGAAAGAAAGGCACACUUUAUGUUCGUGCAGUAACAUCGUCGAGGACGCUCUUAUUUCAACGAAACCAACAGCGCGCGCGACUUUGUAGAGCCACGCCACGAUAUCGAAUUAAUUCGGCGCGAGACAAAGAUGCAGCGGCGCCAGAUUGCGCUCAAGGCUGCGACGACGAGUGAAAAAUCGUGGAAAAUUUGCCAAUCGAGCGGAGAACGUAGUCGCAGUCGCGACUGAGGCACUUAUCAGGUGUCCACCUUGAAGGGAAACAAAUAAGCGAGCGAGUGAAGGAGCGCGAGCACAAGAGUGAAGGAGAUUACAGACGGAAAAUUGUCUUCGUCCCGAGCGAAGAUAAUCAACGGUAUAUAAUCGCGUCCAAGAGGAGGCAAUAUUCUCCCCGUAAAACAGCCAGCGAUGCGCUGAUCGUCCCACACUCGCAGCGGCAACAUGGAGGACGCGGUGAUCGCGCUCGACUCCACGGUGAGAAGCCAGCACUCAAGCCACUCGAAGGAGUCGAAGGACUCGGCCAACUCGGAAUCGAAGCCGGAGAGCUGCCUCGAGUCGAAACACUCCAAGGAUGUGCUUAUCCCGGAGAAGCGGCCGCAGCAGCAGCAGCAGCAUCAUCAUCAGUCGCGGCAACGCGCCGCGGAAGACCGGCAAGAUCAUCGUCUGCCGGUCUCUGAGGCCAAGGACGACUCGAAUCUGCUGAUGUUCACGUCCUGCGGACAAUUGCUGCUCGGCGUCGUCCUGGUGGUUUUCGGUAUCCUGGUGCUCGUCCACGGUGCCUCCUUAGGCGGCUCCGGCGCAGGACUUUGGGCAGGUGCGGGUGCUCUGGUCGCAGGCGCGCUUGGAGUAGUCGCUACGUUAGCAACAUCCUCCACCAAGACGAAUUCCGCCUUUUCGUCCGCUCACCUCGCGUCCAGUCUGAUCGCCCUCGCCCUGUCGAACAUGGCCGCGAUCACGGCCUUGACGGCGGUGGUCAGGGACUCGCAGAGGACGCCGGAAGUGUCGCUGCUCAGCCUCUCGGGUGUCGACGGAAACGUGAUAGAAGUGGACGGCGGCUUGGCGGGUCUGUUGGCGAGCAUCGGUCUGCUGGUAGCCAGCGUAGCUGAGCUUCUGGUUUCCGGCUACAGCUGCCUGACCUUGACACCGAAACUCUGCGGCUGCCUGCGAGCCAAUGCCGCGGACGAGACGGUGAACGAGGGCCACCUGAAGACUCGCAACAUGGUCCAUCAGUGGGUCAUCGCGCAGAACCACGUGCCGAAGAGCCAGCCGAUCUACGUGGUGCAACCGGUGAUGCCUAUGCAUCCGAUGAUCCAGCCGCCGUAUGGUAUGCCGCCAGCACCGCCCGGCAAGUUCCCUGGUGGAUUUGUGCCUGCUGGACCUCUUCCUAUCUCCGCACCGGGGUACGGUCCUGUUCCUGUGCUACCCCACAUGCCGUACGCGGGACGACCGCCGUCUCAAAUGUUCCGACCGAAACACAAGCGUCAGCAAGUCGCAGAUCAGGAGGAACCAGAAAGGAAACGGCAAGUGGAGGCUAAGAGCGAGUCCCCGAAGAGGAUGUCGUCGAUCGGCGAGGAUCAGAUCGAUCUGGCGCAGACCUACACGGGCUUGGACAAGAGGAUUUCCGAGGAGUUCAUUUCGAUCGCGAUGGAUCCGGAUAGAAAGUCGAAGGCUUCCAGCAAUCACGGCAGCGAGAUUGGGACAAAAACUUUUUAAUAACUUGCGAGCAAUAUUAUAAAACUUCGUGCUGUAAGAGUGAGGUAUACUCGCGACUCACAAAGUUCAUUUUUUUAUAAAGGUAGGAUUCGACUCGUACAAAUCGUGAACUCACGUUACUAAAAUUUCACGUUCUUCAAUUUCAAGCGAUAUUAAGACAAUAUUUAUCGCGGUGUUUCGUUGAAAUCACGAGCGAUUUGAGAAAGAAAGCGCAAUUUCAUAGAGCGACGUGCGAAGAUCUUAUUUCUCCGAACUAUUUUAGAUUCAUAAGUUUUAAGUAUGAAGAGACUGUGGGAGUAUAAAAUUUUUCGUUUUUAACGAAUUGGUCGUUAAUGAAUUGGUUAGUGUAACGUUUAUUUAUCAUUGCGGAUCUCCGGCACACAAGUGCACGAAGAAUGUUUGACAUUCGCAACGCAGAUGCGUGAUGAAGUUUUAUCUCUUGGUGUUAAAUGUCAUUAGGUGCACGGAGAAAGAUUGCAGUCGAUGACUCAUGCGCCAACGAAAUGUCAAGGCGUGCAUUAUUAUUGUUGUCAGUGAUGGAACGAAUAAUCCUGUUAUCUCAUUAUUAAGCGUCGAUCGCUGAGCGCUUCCAAUUUUGUGGCGUAAUUUAACAGAGUUGAGCAACACAUUAAGACUCAAUUAAGAUCGCGUAACUUGCAUAUAACAACGUAAAAAAAAAAUAAAAAUGAAAGAACCGGCAAGCGUAAAGAUUCAUGAUAGUAUAUAUAAUUAUAACGAAAUAACUGUACGUUCUUCAGAAUAUUAUCUUGUCUUUCGGACAAGACAAAAUCUGAAGUUACCUGACCACUACCUGAAGCACGCGUUCAACCUUCUUGUUUUACCGUUUAAAUCUUCCCAUACGAAUCAGUAUAUACUGUUACAAAUCUUUAUCAGUUGAAAUAAUAUUGCAGUUUCAUUCCGUCUCGCGACGAUGGAAGUUGAAGGUUGAGUUGCGCCGUACUAAUUCAUUAAGUAUACAAAUAGAAGUAAUAUCAUUAUGUAAUUUUUUACAAAAGAUAAAUAAUAAUAUCCUAAUCGCCGGUU